AUAGAAAAACCAAAAACUAAAAGAAAAAAGAACGCGACUCAAAGUACAGGAUUUGAGAUCCUGACCAACCUGCGUCGUGAUGAGUUAGUAGUGUGGUGUGAUUCUAUAACCUGCCCGAUCAAGGAGCAGGUUGUUAACUAAAAGAAGAUGACCGAUUCCGACUCGACCAUUCCGGAAGAAAACGAUUCAGUGACAUUGUCAUCGCGAUAUAAAUUAUUCAUCAAAAUUUUCUCGUUUUCGCUCAUCGUCCUCUUCGUCUUAGCUGUUGUAUUUCAGGUUUGCGCAAUCUUGGUGAAUACAAAUUUCAGUCAAAUUGGAGCCGGAAUAUGGUGCGGUGUAGUGUAUGCCGCCACAAGCGUCACGGGUCUAUUAGCCGUCCGUAGCCGCCAACGCGACGACAAGGCCAUGACAAUUGCAUUGCUAUGCAUGGCUGCCGCCUCCGUUUUCACUUCCCUAGCUCUCAUGAUUAUAGCUUUGCUUUCUCUCACUAGCACAACUCAAGGAGCAUACCCCAAGUUAUCUAUCGCAUCUAAUGCUGUUCUGGCGGGCGUGGGAUUGAUUAGUUUAGUCGUGUCUACAAUUAUGAUAAUCAUUACUGCCAUCUGCAUGUCAUCCCGUAAACGCGCAUCGCCGCAGCAUAUUUCAAACGAGAUGGAAGAAAUAAAAAAAGAUUCAAUAGACACUGACUCGCAGCAACCGUCAGAACAAAUGUAUCCGCCUUCGGUGGCAACUGUUUCGCAGCACACAGCUGAAUCGCAUGGUUCGACAGAUUCAGACGGUAUCUACGAAACGCUCAAAUUCCAGCAGAGUAAUGUGGCGGGCGAAACAAGUUUAGACAUGCAGGCAUCCAAAUUAAUUGACCAAUUCAUCGAACCCAUUUACGCCAUCCCAAUCAAAAAGAAGAUAAAUUCUUUUUCGAACCUCUCAGUCGGAGGUGAUUUUGAUAUAGAAGUGGACAACCGACACGAGAGCGAGGAAAAUAAAGUCACAUCGACCAAAUGGUUCAAUGUAGGACCAGUGGAAGAGCCGAUUGGGUCAGAUGUUGACGAUAGCGAAUAUUCAAGAAAUAUUGAAUUGCCAAGAGAGGAUGUUAUAGUUCACCCCCCACCAAAGUGAUACUCGUUUAGUUGAAUUUAAAAAGGUUUUGGGGCCAUAAAAUAGGGUAACCCGUUACACGUAUCAAUUGUUUCUGAAAAUGCUCCACUAAAAAUUCAAAAUACAUGCAUUGGAAAUAGA